CUUACUGUAUGUGAACCAUGGCCGUAACAGCAUGACGGUCCAAAGACCGCACACUUCCAAACAAACUGGCAGCACCCUCAUUGGAAAUCGAUUUCCACCAAACCAACAAUUCAACCCCGGAAGCAAGUGAUUGGUCAGUGGCGCCACUCAUCCAGCGUCCACAGCUAUCUGUUACAGUAUACCUUCGACUGCCCCAAACGGCUCGCUCAUUAUCAGCAUUCGCAAACCCCCACCGACGACGACCUGCGCGGUAACUGAAGUCCAUCUGGGCUAUCAGUCGUUGAAACGCUUUGCUGUUUGGUAGAAACAAUCGUGUCUUUGUUGCUCUUGAUAAGUUGUUCGUAGAAAACACACACAACAGACAACAAACAAAAUGCAGCGCUGGUGGUUUUUAGAGGAAAAUGCCGAAGGAAAGGAUCCAUCGUCGUCCACCGCCGCCUCGCAGAAGUCGGAAGCGUCCGUGAAAAAACCAAAGCAAUCCACGACCGCUGGCGACCGGCCGUACACGUUCCGCGUGCUAGUGACGUACGAUUUGCUGAAGGACGAAACCAUCGCCAUCACAGGCAGCUGUGACGCGCUUGGCAACUGGGACCCGGAGCAGUGCGUACAGUUGCGCCCGGAAAAUGAUGGCGACAGCACCAUCUGGCGGCUGGAGACAGAACUACCCCGGGAUGCUUCCGUAAAGUAUCGUUACCUGAUCUGCUCGGUGGAUCCGACCAGCGGUAAUGUGCAUGUGCGGCGCUUCGAAACCCACCUCGUGCCCCGGCAGGUGCCGAUCGAUCUGGCCGAGGAGGAAGCGAACGGCAGCAAGGAAAAGGUACAACCAAAGAUCGACACGCUCGGCGACAUUGAUGGUACGAUCAAGCUGGACAAGGGUUGGCUCACCACCGAAACCAUCAUGCAGUUUAAGUUCUUCGAUAACCCGUUCUCGGUGAAGGAGCGCAUCAAGAAUCGUUUGCUGUACGUGAAGAUAACGACGAUGAAUCUGCGCAUUAAUGCGGAAUCGCAAAAUCUCUCCUCGCUGCUGGAAGAGUCGCUAUCGAACGAUACGCGCGAGAACGGUACCGAAUCGAUGACCACGUACUCCUUCACCGAGGUGACCUCGCUGCGCAACCCGAGCGCUUGCUACGAGCAGCAGUCACAGUUCGGCUGUCCUUACCACAAGGACGACUUUCUGAUCUUCAACGUGACCGUGGCGGAGCCGGAGAACGUGGCCUAUCUCGUCGACCUGUACACGUACAGCUCCAAGUCGAAGGAGGACGAACCGCCGUACCAUCUGGGGUAUCAUUACAUUUUGCCCAACUUUCUGAAAAAAUCCGAAGGCAUCCUGGAGCUGCCGGUUACGUGCGCGAGCAAACAUCGCCCGCUCGGCAUGAUGCGCAUCGAGUACCUGAAGGUGACGCCGCUGCUACCGUCGCGCUGUACGCUCGAGCGGUCGUACAUCCGGUACUGGAACAAGCGCUGGACCGGGUUGGAUGUGGGCCAUCGCGGCUCGGGCACCAGCUUCAAGGCGAGCGAUGGCAACGUGAUCCGCGAGAAUACGAUCGCGUCGCUCAAGAAGGCGGUGGCGCACGGUGCCGAUAUGGUGGAGUUCGACGUGCAGCUGAGCAAGGAUCUGGUCCCGGUGAUCUAUCACGAUUUCGACAUCUACGUGUCGCUGAAGCGCAAAACCACGCUCGAAUCGAACGACAUGCUGGAGCUGCCGAUGCGCGAGCUCACGCUAGAACAGCUGAGGACUCUUAAGGUCUACCACGUGGUGGAGGGCCGAAAUCGUGAGGCCAAAUUCUUCGACGAGGAUCUGGAGGAGCACCAACCGUUCCCGCAGCUGGCCGAAGCGCUCGACCAGAUCGAUCCGCACUGUGGCUUCAACAUCGAAAUCAAGUGGUCCCAGAAGCUGAAGGACGGCCGGAUGGAGUCGGAUCUGAACUUCGAUUCGAACCUGUACGUCGACUGCAUACUGCGCGUGGUGCUCGAGAAGGCCGGCCAGCGUCGGAUCGUGUUUUCCUGCUUCGAUGCCGACAUCUGCACGAUGUUGCGGCUGAAGCAGAACCUGUACCCGGUGAUGUUCCUAACGCUCGGUGUUACCAGCCGUUACCCGAGCUACCACGACCCACGCUGCAACUCGAUCGAGAUGGCGGUGCGCAACGCGUACGCAACCGAGCUGCUGGGCAUUGUGGCACACACGGAGGAUCUGCUGCGCGAUCAAACUCAGGUGAACCUGGCAACCGAACGCGGUCUGAUUAUCUUCUGCUGGGGCGAUGACAAUAACUGUAAGGAUACGAUAAAGCAUUUAAAGAGCCUUGGUAUCCAUGCCAUCAUCUACGACAAGAUGGAUAUAUACUCGGACAAGGCGGUCAAGGAGAGCGUAUUUUUAGUUGGUGCCCGUGAAUCGCAAGCUGCGCUGCUGCAGCAGAUCAACAUCGAGAACCGUUACGAGCAGACGAAUCAGCACGAUUUUCUCAACGACAAGGACGUUCGGCUCAGCCUGGACAAGUCGGGCUCAUCCAACUCUACUCCUUCGAUUUGAGUUUUCACGUGAUUUUGUCUUUCCGGCUUUCCGGUGAUAAUGAAAAAAGAUGGAUGGUUCCAUAGCUGGAAACGGGAGAUUGCGUAAUUGGUUCCCUGUUGAUUUAAAAUUUUGCUGAAUAGUUAUUACUUUUUUUUGGUUUGGCAUACAAGUGUGUUUUUCUGCUUUUUUCCAAUUAGCUAUAAUAUUCAUUGUGUUUGUAUAGAAACUUUUUUUUAUACAUAAAUUGAACGGAGUGUGUGUGUGUGUGCGAGUGCGAUGAGUGAGUAUUUCGAAUUUAUUUACAACCAUAUUGAAUAUUGGUUUUGCAUACUAGAAAGCGUAGGGAGAUUGAGAUUAAAUUUGCACUUACUAAACCAAGGCGCCUAACAUAUUAAACACACACACAUUGAAUGCGGGUUCAAAAAUAGGAAACAGAAAUUUAUUACUAUUAUAUAGAUAAAACACAAUCCUCUUCUACUAACUACCACCAAACUAUUGUUGUUUGUGCACUGGCACGGAAGAUUACAAAUGGGAAAGCAAUCCACUUUCUAAGUGAAAUAAUUCUUCACAUAUUUAUAUUUCACCGUAAGAGCCUAAUGUAUCGUAAGCAAAAUUUAGCAAAUUUAAUGUGUUUGGUGGCUCUGGUUAUGGCAGGAUUUGUUAAAAUUCUUCUACUCAGCUUCCUUGCUCUACUGGUGGAUUGAAUCUAUUGAAGGAGGGAAUGCUACAUAGACUAAAUCUAAUGUUAUAGGGUACUAAAAGCAACAAGUUUCUUAUAAAAGAUAUUUUAAAAUGCAAGUUUAUGUUUUUUUCUUUUCUUGUGAAACUCUUCUACACAAUUUAAUGAGGCUUGUAAAGACUUGCAAUAAACAUGUGCUAUGGUGCAGAGUUUUUUGUUACGUUCGAUACUCCUUAGCAUGUAAAUCCAUCAAAAAAAUAUGAAAAAAUACUUUUUUAAUUAUAUCGUUUAAAAAUGAGCUUCAUAUCACACUCAACAUUAACAAACAAACAAGCAACAGUCGCCGUUGAUUGCCAAUCCGUGUGAUAAUACUGUUUUCUAUUGAUUGCAACCGUUACAAGUCCACCAAACGCGCUUAUCGCUGGGCACCCUUUGGGAACGUCAAAACAUUCCUUGCAUUCCGGUUUUAUGGCUCGUGCUUUUACGCGUCUGUUCUAUUUACGAACAAAGCGAACGAACUGAUGCACACGAUCACCGAUCGCGAGUGGCAUCUUCUUCGCUUCGCCUGUCAAACCGGCCCUCGGAAGACGGAAUAGAUAGAACCGAACACUUUUUUGCUGCGAUGAAAUUGCCCAUUCGCAUUAUUUGUGCAUUAUUGUUCGUGCAAUUGUGUUUUGCUGCGCCAAACAGGUAAUUUAUUGUACUGAUCUGUUAAUACCCAACAUCAUAACCUUUGUGUGUGUUUUUUUUUCGCCCCACCAGCAAUAGAUACGAUGAUGAAGAUUCACAGGAAAACUCGAUCGCCGAUGUAGAGCAGGGCAAGCAGGUCCAUCAGUUCGAUUUGCUCAUUUUCACCCAACGCUGGCCGAUUACCGCCUGCUACGAGUGGCGUGAGACGGGCAAAGAGCACAUCUGCGGCCUACCGACACCGGCCACCGUCUGGACGAUCCAUGGCAUUUGGCCCACGAAGCUAAACACGAUCGGGCCCGCCUUCUGCAACAAGUCGGCCAUUUUCGAUGUGUCGCAGCUCAGCCCGAUCGAGCCGCAGCUCGAGGCGCACUGGGUCAAUGUGGAGAAGAACAAACCGGACGAUUCGCUAUGGGAGCACGAAUGGCUCAAGCACGGUACCUGUGCCGCCGAAGCGAUCGAGCAGCUUAACACGGAGGCGAAAUACUUCGGGCAAGGUUUGAGCUGGCUGGAGCAACAUUCCGUGAGCGCCGCGUUCGCUACGAACGGAGACAUUAAGCCCGGAUUUAACUACAGUCUGCCCACGCUCAACAAGGCACUGUACGAUUACUACGGGAAGAAUGUGGCGAUCGAGUGCUUUUUCGACCGCAAGACGCACCAACAGUUUCUGAACGAGGUGCGCAUCUGUUUCGACAAGCAGCUACAGUCGGCCGAUUGCGACGGGAUCGUUGGGCUGGAGCGUAUUGUGCUGCCCAACUCGCGGGUGGGCACGGUGAUUACUAACUGCAACGCUGCCAAGCCCAUCUUCUAUCCGGACGCUGUACCAAAGAAGCAGGAGGAGGAGGAGGAGAAGGAGGUUUUGCAAAUGGAUCGUGAUGUAGUUUACGAAACGGUGUACGAAAUUUCCGAUGGAAAGACCGAGAUUGAGGUAAUUCUUGUUUAAGUUCCUCUGUUCGAAGGGACUAUUUUUGUAAAGGCCAUGCAAUUCAUUUCAUAAAACGUAUAGCUUACGGUUAUGUUCGGAUAGUUGUUACACUCCUCUAUCGAAUUGAGCUACGAACGGAAAUUACGAUCAUUUUGAAUAAAAGAGAACCUAUUUUCCCAUCAAA